AUGAAAUCAAACAAUCUACCAGUUGACCAGAAACAGAGAAAAUUAACUCAGUUAGCAUCAACACACAACCAAUAUCAACCAUUUUCUUCUUAUUAUCUUUGGUAUCUAAUAGACAGGUUUAAUUUUAUCAUUGAUGACAUUCAAUCAAUUUUAACAUUUACGAAAAACACUUGUUUUAAUGAAUUUGCGAACAAAUUUAUGAACGAAAGACAAAAGGCUGAAUUAGAAGGAAAUAAAGGAAAAAGUUUAUUUUGCAAGAUUUCACUUAAUGGAUCAUAUGGUUACGAUGCAAUGAAUACGCAAAAUUACGCAAAGACUAAAAUAAUGAAUGCACAGAAGGCACGCGUUGCAUGUAUGUCAAAUAAGUUUAAAAACAUAAGAGAAAUAGGUGAAGAUACAUAUCAAGUGAUGCUUAAAGAUAGAUUUUAUAGAUGUGAUACAUGUUUACAAGAGGCAUUCUUCACUUUAGAUAAUGCUAAAUACUGGUAUUUGGUUUUCAUUUAUGAUUUUAUGUAUAAAUGCAUGAAUGUUAAUCGUUUUCAUUUCAUUGAAGGUGAUACUGAUUCAUCUUAUUGGGCAAUCGCUGGCGACCCAAAUCUUCCUAACACUCAAGCAUUUCAAGCAAUUGUUACCGAUAAACAAUUUUAUGAUAAAAACAUUUUCAAAUUCGCACCAUUUGAUUUCUUCUGUUUUGAUGAGAAAUUUAAACCUAAAUUAAAGAAUAAAGCUGAAGAAAAAGCACAUGAGAAGAAGUUAUUGGGUUUAGCAAUUGAGAAACAAGGCGAUAACAUGGUGGCGUUAUGUCCUAAGUGUUAUACAUCAUUCAACGGUUCAAUUGAUGGGAGUGAUUUUAAAAAGAUUGCACAAAAAAUGAAAGGUGUUAGUUUAAGACAAAAUAAGCAAUUAACACCCAAAAAUUAUUUGGAUAUAAUAAAUGAUAAAUUGAUAUUUGAUGGUCAGAAUAUUAAUUUACAACUUAAAAAUGGGUCAAUGACUCGCUUAACAAUCGGUAAGACUGCAUUAACAGGAGCACACACUAAGGCUGUAUGUUGUGAAAAUGGAUGUUGUAUGCCAUUUAUUUAA